UUCGCCACGUCCCUUUCCUAAUACAUACCCCCCCCCCCCCCCUCCCGCCUCGACGCAAGGCCACACCGUGCUCCUGACAUAUACCCUCCACACGGCAGUAUCGUCACUCACCUUCUCCUCCAUCUCGAACCCCUCUUCUUCUUCCUCCUCUUCUUGACGACAUAUCUUUUCGUUCCUUCCUUUCCUCUUUAUACAUUUAUUGCACAUAUAUCACACUCAUCGACCCCUCACUUCCUUAUACCAGUAUCAUCCCUGUCACUUACACAUACGACUACAGCUGGCUCCAAAGGACGAUCCCUGUGGAAGAAGGCUACUAUUACUCUUUCUUCUCCCUCAAUUCCACACCUCCUUCUUAUUCUGCGACAGUUAUCUAAGUAUACUGUUCCUGCUACGCCCAACCCGAACUCCUUCCCUUCACACUCGUCCCCUUCAUUUUUUUUUCUUUUUUUUUUUAGUCAAUGACAUCCUCCUUCACAAAACGCAGCCAAGGGCUCGCACGGACACUCGGUGCUUUAGCACUCUUCGCUGCUGGUGUCCAGUCAGCCUGUAUUUCCCUGGCGGGGUCGACAGCCUGUCCAAGCUACGCAAAGUACCAGGUGGACACCAGUGCGGCCCAGAACGUCGUUGAUUGGGGCAUGGGUAUCAACAUGGCUCAAUUCACGGACGUCAAGACCUUUGACGCGGCCGUGUUGAACGCUACCGGAUUCUUGACCUCGGCCUCGACCUGCACGGGGUAUAAUUCGACGCAACGUAUCCGGUACCAGGACACGCUGCUGUGUGUGAUCCUCGCACAGGAUUCGGCGUCUAUGGCCUGCACGGCGGACGCACCAAACAUGUGUGGGACUUCGUGUACGCUCUAUGCGGAUGCGAUGUCGGCGAUGAUCACGAAGACGUGCCCGACGGACUCGACGUCGACCAAACAGUUGACGAGUCUGAAAAAGAUCUGUUCCGGUGAGGACAAUAGUCUUCCAGGAUUGCAUGAUAACAUGCCAAGCUGUGUGAAUGCUACGACGAACGAGGCGACUUCGUGUGGAUUCGGCUCACAAACGGCGAUGUGCAGCUUCUGCGCGACCAACACUACAGACACCUGCUGUAUCUCUGGCGCGGGUGCCGUCUGCAGCACCCCUACCUCCACCCUGAUCACGCCCACGGGCGCAACCACGAUCACAGGCAUGGUCCCACCCUCGGCCACCCCUUCCUCGAACGACUCGACACAGAAAUCCGGACUCUCGACCUCAACACUGGCGGCGAUCAUCGGCGGAGCCGUCGCGGCCCUGUUGAUCUUCUUUGCGCUGAUCGUCUGUUGCAUCCGUCGUCGAUCCCGUGCGACGAAACCCGCCAAGGGAGGCUCGAGGAAUCUGGCCAGGAACGUGUCGACCUCGAGCGCGAGCAAGUAUAAUAUCUCGGCACCAAAGAUUCAAGAGGAAGGGUUCUCCUCGGCUCUGACGCCCUCGGCCCCGAUCCCCAUGACGGCCUUGCCUAUGAUCUCGACUACGGAUACCUCGUUGGGAGCGGGAGCGACAGCAGCAGCAGCGGCGGCGGCGGUGAACAGGAUCUCGAAGCAGAGCAGUGUUUCAGGAAAUGGUAAGCAGUCGUACUGCCAGGUUCUCUAUCCCUACCAGGCCUCGAUGGCGGACGAACUCGACUUGACCCCCGGAGAUCUCGUGAACGUGCACCGGGUCUUUGACGAUGGAUGGGCCGUCGGUGUGAACAUGAACACCUCGAACGAGGGUGCCUUCCCGGUGGUCUGUGUCAUGUUCGUGGACGAGUCCGCGCUGGAUGAUGAUUUUGAGGAUGUGAACAUGCACUCGAUGACGCCGAUGGGACACCGAGAGGACGACAUGCAGAGCAAGGGAUCCCCACGAUCGUCGGUCAUGCCCUCAAGAUCCUCGAGCCCUGUGCAUCUCCCAAGGAGACAUUCGUCCAUGAUCCGGGAUAGUGCUGUCCUGCCGGGCCUGAACGGCCCGAUGACGAGCUCUCCGCUGGCCGGAGGGAACAAUGUGGCUCAGCAAGGAAGGUUGCAGCCCCCAGCAAUGAGAGAUACGAUGAUGAGUGACGCGAGCUCUAUUAACCGAUGGUGGGAGGGCGAAGGUUCUGCCAAAUAGAAGACAGCAAAGCAUCUCUUUGGACAUUUUUUUUUUUUUUGGGCAUUUUUGGUAUCAUAUAUUUUAGGUUUUAAUGGUCCUGGAUGGCCAAGG